AUGGCGCCGGUGACGCGUGCAGCUACCGCCCCUGCUACCCCCAAGAAGGCUUUUACCAAAGUAGCCUCUGCUACUCCCGAAUGGAGGAAACCUCCGCGAUGUCAGAUCUGCAACCGGCCUCGCAAGGGCCACCCGCGUGAGGGAUGCCCAUAUGGACCACCACAAACGCUGGACGCUCCCUCGCCUGACACGUCUCUUGCAGACGCUUUCGGUGCUCUCCGUAUCAGCGCAGAAACGGGCUCUGCGCCUGUGACACCUCCGCCUACUACGUCCAAUGUCCUCGAAGACAUGUGUUCAAUUGCGAAGAUCCGACGAGAGCGAAGACGUCUCAUGCCGGGAACCCUCUUUCCCCCCUCAAGUGACUGCCAAGCGAGCGAAACUUCCAGUCCGCCGUCUACUCCAACCUCGGGCUCUUGGGAUCCCAACGAGAGCGUUGAGGAUAUAAGCCUUGCGGAAUCGUUGUCUCUCGCACAACAGCCCGGUGCACAUUCGUCGCGUCACCUCGCACGCUCCACGAGCGAAAACGCCAUGGAAGCCUUUCUCGACGAUCUGGAGCGCGUCGCUCACCAUGUGCCAGUGUCCGUGUACACUAUCCCAGCCACGGACGUGGAGAAGCUACAGUCGUCUGCGAAGAAAAUCGGCUUUCAUACGGCCGCGGUCGCUGGAGAAAACCGUACGCCCAGGGAUGAAGCGUCGUUGAUUAUUGGCGUGGACUCUGUUGCUGUCGGCGAUGUGCGCGAUAAAUUAGUGAAGGAGGAUGUCACAGGGGGCAAACGCAGCGGCAAGUACGGCCUAGCCCAUAUCGCUGGAGGGGUUGUGGUUGGCGCAGCGGCUCUAUUCACGGGCUUGCUCAUGUGA